CUUGGGCACCUGGCUGCAGCGGAUGUGAGGGGGGUCCGAGAUCCCUUCGCCGGUGAUAGAAGGCCGUCUCGUGCUGGGGAGGCUGCAGCCUCCUGCCCUUUCUCCAGGCGGGGACCCGAGAGCAGUCACCCAGGUGCAGAGCGAGCUUGAAAGAGACAGCGGAAGGACUUUCCGGGACUGCACUGUCGCUCAGCGGCCCGCACCAAUCACCACGCAGCUUGACCUCGGGCCCUCCUCUUCGGGGGCGUGUCCCCAGUGAGUGAUAGACGGAGCCGCCCGGCCCAGCUCAGGCCAGCCCACGUUGCUGCUUAGAUUGAAAUGCAGAACUCUAGCCUCUUUCAUCGGGGCACAGACUUCCUUUUACUCCUUCCUUCUGCACUCUCGCCGCCUCCUCCCGGGAAGAAGCGGAGGCACCGGCUGCCCGGGGCAGCGACAAGCCGGGCCACUGAGGCUGUGCGAGAAGUUUCUUUUUGGGAGUUCGGAACUGGGGCCACGUUAGUAUACUGCUCGGAGCAAUGGAGCCAGCCUUUGGGGAGGUGAACCAGCUGGGAGGAGUAUUCGUGAACGGGAGGCCGCUGCCCAACGCCAUCCGGCUUCGUAUCGUGGAACUGGCCCAACUGGGCAUCAGACCGUGUGACAUCAGCCGCCAGCUACGGGUCUCGCACGGCUGCGUCAGCAAGAUUCUGGCGCGCUACAACGAGACUGGCUCGAUCUUGCCAGGAGCCAUUGGGGGCAGCAAGCCCCGAGUUACCACCCCCACCGUGGUGAAGCACAUCCGGACCUACAAGCAAAGGGACCCUGGCAUCUUUGCCUGGGAAAUCCGGGACCGCCUGCUGGCGGACGGCGUGUGUGACAAGUACAACGUGCCCUCGGUGAGCUCCAUCAGCCGCAUCCUGCGCAACAAGAUCGGCAACUUGGCUCAACAGGGCCAUUACGACUCAUACAAGCAGCACCAGCCGGCGCCACAGCCGGCGCUGCCCUAUAACCACAUCUACUCGUACCCCAGCCCCAUCACGGCGGCCGCAGCUAAGGUGCCCACGCCGCCCGGGGUGCCUGCCAUCCCCGGCUCGGUGGCCAUGCCCCGUACCUGGCCCUCCUCCCAUUCGGUCACCGACAUCCUGGGCAUUCGCUCUAUCACCGACCAAGGCGUGAGCGACAGCUCCCCCUACCACAGCCCCAAGGUGGAGGAGUGGAGCAGCCUGGGCCGGAACAACUUCCCUGCCGCCGCCCCGCACGCGGUGAACGGGCUGGAGAAGGGAGCCCUGGAGCAGGAAGCCAAGUACGCGCAGGCACCAAAUGGUCUACCAGCUGUCAGCAGUUUUGUGUCGGCAUCCAGCAUGGCUCCUUACCCUACCCCGGCCCAAGUGUCGCCUUACAUGACCUACAGCGCCGCUCCUUCCGGUUAUGUGGCUGGACACGGGUGGCAACAUGCCAGCGGCACCCCGCUUUCCCCCCACAACUGUGACAUUCCCGCAUCGCUGGCGUUCAAGGGAAUGCAGGCAGCCAGAGAAGGUAGUCACUCUGUCACGGCUUCUGCACUCUGAUGGGAAAUUCUGUCCGCGACGCAGCUUCCCCCCCGGUCUCCCCUCAGCACACCCUCCCCCUCUUCCCUGGUCUCGGAUCCCACCCCCUGCCCUCCCGCCCCCAAAGCUGGCUUUACGGACUCACAUCCUUUGUGCUGAUGACACUUAAAUAUUUCUUGCCAUAACUUCUCUCUUACAGAAAACCUGACAUGACUUUAGGAUUUGAAAACAAAAGCAAUCUUAAGGAUUGAAUGAGACAUUUGUGUUGCC